GAUGUUGAUGAUCAGCGAUGGGGGUCUGUCUUCUUUUUCAUUUUGCUCUGCUUCUGCUGCUGGCCAUUCAGGCUUUUGCAGAAAUUCGCUACUCGAUUCCUGAGGAGGUAAAACACGGCACUAUUGUUGGGAAUGUUGCCAAGGACCUGGGCCUUGAUGUCAGCUCUCUUGUCGAUCGACGGUUCCGAGUGGUUUCAGAAUCCAAAGAGGCCUUCUUUGAGGUAAACCAGCACAAUGGGGCUUUGCAUGUGAACAAGAGAAUAGACAGAGAUGAGUCCUGUCGGGGCAGCGGCGCCUGCCUUGUUGAGCUUAAAGUCAUCGUGGAAAACCCUUUGGAAAUACAUUAUGUAGUUGUAGAAAUCACCGACGUCAACGACCACUCUCCUACUUUUAUUGAAAAAGAGCAAACGUUUGAAAUAGCAGAGCACACACUGCCGGGGAAGAGAUUCCAGCUGCAUGCAGCACAUGAUCCUGACGCAGGGAUGAACUCCAUACGUGCAUACACUCUGACAGCAAAUGAACAUUUUGAAAUUGAUAUCCGCCAGAUCAAUGAUGAUAAAGUUCCGUUUUUGGUGCUGAAGAAAUCUCUGGAUCGGGAACAAAAGGACAAACACUGGCUGCUGGUCACAGCGGUGGAUGGAGGUAAACCUCCACGAUCAGGCUCUCUAAAUGUGUCCAUUAUUGUCCUCGACAGCAAUGAUAACAGACCCAUAUUUAGUCAAGAAAUUUAUCAAAUUACAAUAUCAGAAAAUGUUCAAAUUGGCACUUCAAUAUUUAAAAUGAAUGCAACAGAUCCAGAUGAAGGCACUAAUGGAGAAAUUGAUUAUAGCCUUGCAAAAACAUCAAAGAAAAAUGUGUAUAAUGUUUUUGAAUUGCAUAAAUCAUCUGGAGUUAUUAGAGUAAAAGGAAUAAUUGACUAUGAAGAUAAUGAUAUUUACAAUCUUGACAUAGAGGCAUCAGAUAAAGGAAUACCUCCUUUGACAGGUGAGUGUAGAGUCAUUAUAAAGAUAAGAGACAUUAAUGAUAAUCCACCAACAAUAGAAGUGACGUCAUUGUCUAAUAAAGUACCUGAAGACUCUAAGCCUGGUACAGUUAUUUCCCUCAUUAGUGUGAAGGAUGAAGACUCAGGUGUGAAUGGUAAAAUUAUUUCCACCAUAAUAAAUGAUGUCCCUUUUGAAUUAAAGCCUUCCUACAAGGAGAACAUAUAUUCAGUUGUCAGUAAAGAAUAUUUAGAUAGAGAGAAGGUGUCACAUUAUGAAAUCACUGUACAAGCAACUGACUGUGGUGAGCCUCCUUUAUCAACGUUUAAAACUCUCAGCAUUCAGAUAUCAGAUGUUAAUGAUAACAGUCCACACUUUGAAAAGAACCCAAUCGAGUUCUACUUGAUUGAGAACAAUGUUGCUGGUAAUUCUAUUUUUUCUGUAAGUGCCACAGACAAAGAUCUGAAUGACAAUGCAGCUAUUUCUUAUCACAUUGUGAGAGAGGGCCGUCACAAUGACAUCAUGUCUUUCCUCAACAUUAAUUCUGAAAAUGGACAAAUAUCAGCUCUAAAAAGUUUUGACUUUGAGACGCUGAAAAGUUUCCAGUUCCAAGUAGUGGCCACAGACGGUGGAAGUCCUCCACUGAGCAGCAACGUGACAGUGAACGUGUUCAUUCUGGAUCAGAACGACAACGCUCCAGUCAUCCUGUAUCCAGUCAGCUCCAACGGUUCUGCUGAAGGUGUGGAGGAGAUUCCCCGCAAUAUGAAAGCAGGAGACUUGGUGACUAAAGUCAGAGCCUAUGAUGCUGAUAUAGGAUAUAACGGCUGGUUACUGUUUUCACUGCAGCAAGUCACUGACCACAGUCUCUUUACUUUGGACCGCUAUACGGGCCAGAUCAGAACACUUCGCUCAUUCACAGAGACGGACGAGGCUGAGCAUGGACUGCUCAUACUGGUCAAAGACAAUGGCAACGUUUCCCUGUCAGCAACAGCUACUGUGACUGUCAAACUUGUGGAGCCCAAAGAGGCUUUUGCAGCUUCUGAUGUCAAACGUGCAGCAGCAAAAGUGGACGAGGAGGACGACAAUGUGACUUUUUACCUCAUCGUCACUUUGGGCUCGGUCUCGCUGCUUUUUGUCAUCAGCAUCAUCGUGCUGAUCGCCAUGCAGUGCUCCAAAUCCACAGAGUACACUUCCAAAUAUCUCCAAGAUGCUAAUUAUGAUGGGACACUGUGUCACAGCAUCCAGUACAGAUCAGGAGACAAACGCUACAUGCUAGUUGGACCCAGAAUGAGUAUAGGUUCUACUAUAGUCCCGGGCAGCCACGCCAACACUCUGGUGCUCCCUGACAGGAGACACACUUCUUCUGGGGAGGCUUUUGCAGAAAUUCGCUACUCGAUUCCCGAGGAGGUAAAACACGGCACUAUUGUUGGGAAUGUUGCCAAGGACCUGGGCCUUGAUGUCAGCUCUCUUGUCGAUCGACGGUUCCGAGUGGUUUCAGAAUCCAAAGAGGCCUUCUUUGAGGUAAACCAGCACAAUGGGGCUUUGCAUGUGAACAAGAGAAUAGACAGAGAUGAGUCCUGUCGGGGCAGCGGCGCCUGCCUUGUUGAGCUUAAAGUCAUCGUGGAAAACCCUUUGGAAAUACAUUAUGUAGUUGUAGAAAUCACCGACGUCAACGACCACUCUCCUACUUUUAUUGAAAAAGAGCAAACGUUUGAAAUAGCAGAGCACACACUGCCGGGGAAGAGAUUCCAGCUGCAUGCAGCACAUGAUCCUGACGCAGGGAUGAACUCCAUACGUGCAUACACUCUGACAGCAAAUGAACAUUUUGAAAUAGAUCUCCGCCAGAUCAAUGAUGAUAAAAUUCCGUUUUUGGUCCUGAAGAAAUCUCUUGACCGGGAACAAAAGGACAAACACUGGCUGCUGGUCACAGCGGUGGAUGGAGACAAAGAUCUGAAUGACAAUGCAGCUAUUUCUUAUCACAUUAUGAGAGAGGGCCGUCACAAUGACAUCAUGUCUUUCCUCAACAUUAAUUCUGAAAAUGGACAAAUAUCAGCUCUAAAGAGUUUUGACUUUGAGACGCUGAAAAGUUUCCAGUUCCAAGUAGUGGCCACAGACGGUGGAAGUCCUCCACUGAGCAGCAACGUGACAGUGAACGUGUUCAUUCUGGAUCAGAACGACAACGCUCCAGUCAUCCUGUAUCCAGUCAGCUCCAACGGUUCUGCUGAAGGUGUGGAGGAGAUUCCCCGCAAUAUGAAAGCGGGAGACUUGGUGACUAAAGUCAGAGCCUAUGAUGCUGAUAUAGGAUAUAACGGCUGGUUACUGUUUUCACUGCAGCAAGUCACUGACCACAGUCUCUUUACUUUGGACCGCUAUACGGGCCAGAUCAGAACACUUCGCUCAUUCACAGAGACGGACGAGGCUGAGCAUGGACUGCUCAUACUGGUCAAAGACAAUGGCAACGUUUCCCUGUCAGCAACAGCUACUGUGACUGUCAAACUUGUGGAGCCCAAAGAGGCUUUUGCAGCUUCUGAUGUCAAACGUGCAGCAGCAAAAGUGGACGAGGAGGACGACAAUGUGACUUUUUACCUCAUCGUCACUUUGGGCUCGGUCUCGCUGCUUUUUGUCAUCAGCAUCAUCGUGCUGAUCGCCAUGCAGUGCUCCAAAUCCGCAGAGUACACUUCCAAAUAUCUCCAAGACGCUAAUUAUGAUGGGACACUGUGUCACAGCAUCCAGUACAGAUCAGGAGACAAACGCUACAUGCUAGUUGGACCCAGAAUGAGUAUAGGUUCUACCAUAGUCCCGGGCAGCCACGCCAACACUCUGGUGCUCCCUGACAGGAGACACACUUCUUCUGGGGAGUUUUGA